AUGACUCCUGAGAAACCUUACUCUCAUGUACGACCCACCAUCGUGCCAAACUCGGUCAAAAGCUCCAGAAAGACCCAAGUGCAAGAAUGCUGCAGAACAUCUCCCUAUCUAAAGUUUCGUGCUAAGCAGCUCACAGCCCCCGUGCCGACGUUCAUCAACUGCAUCGCGGAGGACACCCUCGUCCCCCUCUUCAGCGCCACCGCCACGGGCCCCAACCUCACCGCCUUGGCAGACCAGCCGACGUGCACCACAGCCUGCCUGCAGGAUGGCUACACGCACGCGGGACUCACCGAGGGCCUUUUCUGCCUGUGCGGGAGUCCGGACCCCGCGGUUGUGGCAGCGAGCACAGUCGGAACUUGCACCAUAUCCUGUCCGGAUGGGUUAGUGGAGUGUGGAGACGUCGACCCUACCAUCGCGGGCGUUUACGACACGGGCGGGGGCAGUCCUAACUUCACGCUCGUGGCUGUUCAUGACGACGCCCUCGGGAUCACCCUCACCAUCACCCCGGAGUCGUCUGGGGCUACGUUCCUCGUCGACUACGACUACGGAGCCCCCGUGUCGUACGUGAACCAGUCCAUCUCGGCCCUGGUUGCCACGGACCACGUCACGGACCCGUACUUGGUUCCUGGGACGUACGAGGUCGUAGUGAUGAGCAUGAUCGAAGGAACACACUUCUGGUCCAUCGACUUCGCCAACCUCACCAAGACGUCCACACCGAUGACCGAGGCCGUGGAUUGCCCUGUGGUGUGGGAACCGGACGAGCUCUACUAUUGCAACGUGUCCGUGACGAUGGCCGAUGAUGACGAUGUCUUCACGGCCACGUUCGACGACGAUCUCUCCUCGGUCGCCAUAAGCAACCUAGGAACCAUCUUCUACCGCCUGGGCAACCCUCCCCCUCGCUUCCUCUCCUCCUCCGUGCUCCCCCCCGCCGAUCUCGCCGGGGACGUGUGGCUGACCUAUCACUCGGUGGCGAAGGAGGGCGAGAUCCUGGCCUUCGACAUGUACGCGGCCGAAGGAGGAGCUUUCACUGUCAGCAUAAAGCGACCGACGUGUGCGAGUGGCGUUUACUGCCCGCACAUCAGGGGCUGCAUGGCGGUGUGCCCUUAUGACGUCACCACGGACUCGCACACUUGCCCCGCCCCCCACGCCUUCUGCACCUUCAUCAGGAACUGCGGCGCGGCGGGGACCUGUCUGGCGCCCGAGAGCACACCCACAUGGGCGGACGUGCCAGGGACCGUGUUUGCGAGCAGUUUCGCCGCCGAGGGAUUCCUGAGACAUCUGCUGCCGGCUCCUGUCUUGCUGCUGCCGGGUGACGUCAUCAACAUCGUGGGACCAAUCGGGAUGAUGGAAAAAAUCGGCCCAUACGGAGAUGAGGUGAACGGCGUGGCGACCCAAAACCACCAUUACGUCGCGGCGAUCAUGAAACAGCCGACGCCCGUGCAAGUGGCUCAUAUCUGCACGGCGGUCAACGUGGAUGUGACGCUCACCGUGGUGGAUGAUGUGGCCGUAACGCUAGCCAACGUGACGUCAUGCGAGAGGAACAUCACGGACAUCGCCAUGGUCGUUUCGCAGAUUGAGACGGACACCUACAACGGAACCGUCAACCAGAUGGGGCCCUACUACGUAAGGUCCAACACCCUCGUCGUCUACACCAUCUCCUUCAGCGUGGCAGGACCGAUACAUGUGACCUUCACGUACGAGCCCGACUUUGGUGUGAAUGACACCUUUUCUGACCUUAAUGACUUCCCUCUUGGCACUGUGCCACACGAGCUCAACCACACUGUCACCCACACCAUACCCGACAUGUAUAUAGUGACGGUUUCGGCGGAGAACAAGCACAACAUCAUCCCCGGGCCAGUGACAAACUACAUCAUACUCUAUGUGCAGCAUGAGGUCGUUACAACAUGGACGGUUACUCCCGAUGCUGCGAUGCUGGCCUUCCUCAUCCCGUCAGAAAUCCCCACAUUCCGCUUCAUCGACACCGCCGCCGCCAACUUCCCCACCAACGCCUCCGUCAGGAUCGACUGGGGGGACGCCACGCCCUUGGAGACCCUGUUGUUCGAGGACCCGGGAGACCAGCAGCCCCUUUUCCAACACGUCUACGCCGCCGACGGGAUCUACAACGUCACGGCUUACAUCUACAACAUCGUUUCGGGAUUCGAAGUCUAUUGCACGGUCACGAUUGUUGAGGAGAUCAUAGACUUCGCGAUCAUCAACAAAUACUAUCCUACUUUGACAUCUCUUGAAGGAAGGCCAGGAUUUGGCAAGAUUAAGAACCAGUAUCCUAUGGACAAGAAUUUGACCUUUGCCCCCACGAUGACCCAGGGAACGGUGGAUUACUAUACGGUCGAAUUCACCCUCAAUGAUUCAACGAUUUUCACCUUUAACGUCAUCGACCCGUUCCAGCCACUGGCGAACGAAUUCCAUUAUCACUUUGAUUUCGAGACUUUCCUGAACCUGACGGUGUUCGCGGUAAACAUGUUCCAAAGUGUCCCUGUGGACCUUUUCGUGGAGAUCGUCGGCCAGGUGCGCGUGGGAAUCAUCGACGACUUCGCGAUCGUCACUGGAAAGAACGAAACCAAGACGUUCGAGGUAUCCUUCGAGAGCCUCGGAGGAGGAACCUGCCUGGUCAUCGACUUCGGGGAUUCGAGUCCUCUGGUGUCCUACGGGGAAGAGAUCACCUGCAAGACCAACUUUUCCCACGCCUUCUACUACCCGGAGCCUCUCCUGGAAAUCAUCAACAAUUUCACCCACGUCUAUGCCGCCGAGGGCGUCUACAACAUGAGCAUCUUCGCCUACAACCCCAUCAGCGUCACAACCGACACCCUCAUGUUCUGCGUGACGUCGAUCAAGUGCCGUCCUCCCAAGGCCGAGGUUUUAGGAGGCACUCUGGACUACCUUUCGGCGCCUAAACUCUACCGGGGCGAGAUUAAUUCCGUGGCGGCGCUGGGCCAGGUCGAUUGCGAGGUCACCAGCAAGACCAAAAAGCGCUGGCAGAUCUACCACGUGGACGCCGACACCGGAGCCACCAUGCAGCCGGUCAUCAUUAUGAACAUUAUUACCUCCUGGAAUAAGCCCGAGAUUUCGAUACCCAAGCUAUUCCUGACGUAUGGCUACUACAUUCUCACUUACUCGCUGACGAUGUGGGAUCCGCCCGUGCUGGACCCCGCGUGGCCGUUCCAGAAGCAGGCCGACACCUACAUCGAGAUCGUGAAGACGCCCAUCAUCGCCAUGAUGUUCGAGGCGGCGCUGACGAGGGUGGUCCGCGGACUCAUCCAGACGGUCGACCUCGAGCCAGGCGUCUACUCCAUCGACCCGGAUUUCCCCGACGAGAAGAACUUCACCAUCGUCUGGAGGUGCCGCGUGGUGGGCGAGGCGUGGCCGGCAGCUGACACGACUCCGAAGGCCAUCUGGACCAAGGGCACGGGCGGCGGGUGCUUCGGGAACGGGCCAGGCUUGCUCGACCACACCGACACCACCCUCAGUCUUCUCGGCUCCGACUUCAUGACCCACGGACAGACCUACGAGUUCGAGGCCAUCGUGAAGAAGGAUACGAGGAGCACCGUGGCUCUCGGGCAGGUCGUGGUGGUGGACGGUGUGCCGCCCAUCAUGAGAGUGCAAUGUGUCGACCCUGCUCUUUGCAUUCCUGACGGGGACGGUGUGUACGUCAACCCUUCCUUCCGCAUUGGGCUGCUGUCAGAGUGCGUGGAUUAUUGCGACAACGACAUUUCCUAUCUGUGGGAGGCCGCUGAUGGCAACGACGUGGCUUUUCCUUCCAUCCCGGCGCACUUUCCGCUGGGUGCCACAUCCAACGAACUGGCCUUCAGUACUCAGUUUUUCGACGACAACCCGAACCUCCAAGACCUAAGAAUCUCCUUACACUCUACGGAUAAUUCGCAGCCUGUCACAGGAGGAGGAGCCUACUUCAUGAAGGUGAACCAGCGGCCCGUCGGAGGAACCUGCGCCCUCGCCAAGCCGCCGCUGGAAAGAGCUCUCAUCGACACCUACAUCCUGUCGUGCGAGGGCUGGGUCGAUCCGGAGAACAAGGGCAUUAAGAGCUACAAUGUGUGGC